UCAAACUCCAUCAUCCAAAUACUUAUUAGACUUCCAAGUAGAAUAUAUAUAUAUAUAUUGCAGCAAAAUUUUCAUAUAUAUCACCCAUCACCGAUUCACUAUUUCUGCUCGAAAUCGGCCAUGGCUGAAAAAGAGCAGGGCAAGCCGCUAACCCGUUUCUCCUACCGAACCCGCAGCGACGAAGAUGAAGAACUUUCAACAGAGCUUAAAUUCCGUCAAAGAAAAUACAUCAAGUGCUGCGGCUGCGUUACCGCCGUCUUCUUACUCAUAGCCGUUACUCUUUUAGUCCUCGGCUUCACCGUCUUCCACAUAAAAGACCCGGAGGUCCGGAUGAACUCCGUGACACUCCCACAGCUAAACCUCGCCGCCUUCAAUGGCACUUCCGGUCAAAGGCCGAAUAUCACCCUCACCGCCGACGUUUCCGUGAAGAACCCCAACGCGGCGUCGUUUAGAUAUACCAACAGCACGACGAGUGUGUAUUAUCGUGGGGAAAUGGUGGGUGAGGCUCAGAUUCCGUCCGGCAAGGCCAAGGCGAGGCAUACCCUGAGGAUGAAUUUGACGGUGGAUAUCAUCACCGACAAGAUUGCCGUUGAAAGCCUUGCAUACGAUUUGAGGUCAGGAGCUUUGGCGAUGAGCAGCUUUACAAAACUCAGCGGCAGGGUGAAGAUCCUUAAUAUUUUCAAGAAAAAUAUUGUAGUGGAAAUGAAUUGCACCAUGUCCUAUGAUGUUUCCAGCCAAUCCAUUCAAAAGCAGAAAUGUAAUUCACAUGUUCGUGUCUAGAUAUGAGUAGCUUUGAGUUUUUUGUUUUUUGUUUUUUGUUCCUCUGAAAAUAUA